UUGGUCACUCCUUACUGGUGUGGGUAAAGCACAAGGGCGAUGCUGGGCUCCACGUUAGUGCGGGGAAGCUGCGGUGAAACUGCAGAGGUCUUCACGGUGGAGGAGCUGAUGCGGCACGUGGGGCAUCUAGGCGGCGGGCACAGCAAGAACCUCUUCCUGAGGGACAAGAAGAAGAAGGGGCUGUGGCGGGUGACGGCGCUGCACGACCGGCAGGUGAACCUCAACGACCUGGGCAAGAAGCUGGGGCUGGGCAGCGGGACCCUCCGCUUCGCGGAUGAAAAAGCCAUGCAGGAGAAGCUGAAAGUAGGCCAGGGCUGCGCCACCCCCUUGGCCCUCUUCUGCGACACCGGCGGGGACGUGAGGUUGGUGCUGGACGCCGGCUUCUUGGACGGGGGCUACGACAGGGUCUACUUCCACCCCAUGACCAAUGCUGCGACCAUGGGCCUGACGCCUGAAGACUUCUUGAGGUUUGUGAAGUCCACGGGGCAUGAUCCCCUCCUCAUCCACUUCGAGGACAAUGCAAAGUAGGCAAAUAUCACCCUGCUGCAAAUUUUGCCAGGGCUUAUUAGCCGAUGACAUACCAGCUACUUACAAAUAACAGGCGGGCACUUACGUUUUUCACUCAGCAGCUUUGCAUUUUAUAACGCGGAGUUUCUUUUCUAAUGCAAACACAACCUUCACAUUGUUCUAGAGUUAAAAAAAAAACCAUUUGCUUCUGCUACAAGAUUAGUUUUUGAUUUUGUGAAUCUGAUCUCUCUACAUCUCUUGCUACACCACAUACAGUUCCACUCUAGUCGCUUCACAGUAUUCUCUUAACAAAUUGGAUAAAACAGAAACUUUUCUUCAUUCACGCUGAACUGAAAGUUGAGAGGAGGGAUGCGCUGGCUCAGCCUGGAGUACUGCAACAUUUGCAAAAUCAGUGGGACUGUGUUCUCAAGUGGCAGAGUCAGUCAUGAAGAGGGAGGUAGAUUGCAUGCCUCCCUCUGCAUUUGCAUUGUGUUGGUUUGCCUAGAAACACAACUUUGCUAUAUUAAAGAAAACGUUUGAGUGUCUAUUAGCUGUGGUGCAGGUUUAUUUCCUUUCCAUUUUCACAAUUAGUUCAGUCCUGCAGUCUCACUGGAAACGGGGUCUCUGCUGGUAUCAGUCCCGCGUUCCAGCCAUUGGGUUUCCUUUGUUUAGACAGCUACUUUGAUAUAUGUUGUGGGAAAUGAGAGAGAGAGAGACCAAGUUCAGAUUUAAGGCCAGAUUCUCUCUUUUCUCUUUAAAGCCAGCAGGGACUGGAAAUUCCCACAAGAAACCCCUUGUUGAGUUUGCUCCAGCUUGUUCUUUCACGGAGCAAGAACCUGCUGUCCAACAGAAAAGCCAGAGCACAAGGGUUUCAGAGGCCAAGCUCCACCUGCUAAGAGGCUAUGCAGAAGCUCAAGUCCAUGGUGACUCCCCACUUAAGGAGUAACACGCAUUAGUUCCUGGGAAUGUACUCUCUCCACCUAGUCAUUCCUCUCAUCACCUUAACAGUGCUCUACAGGAAGGGCACCUGAGCUCGUCUUCUGCACAAGGGUUAUAGCAGCUGCGUGUGGUGAAACUGUCCAUAUAUGGAUCUGGGAGGGGAGAUUCUAAAUUAUCACAAGAGCUGGGGGUCAUUGAAAAGAAUGUUAUGUACCUGGAGCUGUGUGUCCAAUUUUGGCCAUGCUGUCCCAGAAAAAACUACCCAAGAUUUUUUUUUUUUUGUGUGGCUCUUAAAAAAAACAACAAGCAGUUGCUCCCCAAGGAGGGAACAAGCACCAGGUCUGGAAGGGCCAUAGCCAGUUGACAUCAUCUCCUUGGUGUCAAAAAUGCUCGAUCUUAACUGGAAGGCCAAGGUACUGAUUUUUUUGUAAUUGUUUCCGAGGCCAAAACAGUUACAAAUUAAGUCCCAAAUUUUGACUGAGCAGAGCUCAAUCUUUCAAGUCUAUAUGACGCUACCAAAAAUAUCCUGCCUCCCAGACUCCCCAGUCUGGGUCUUCAGCUACUCCCAAAUCCAUGGCAAGCAUCCUACUGUGCAGGUCCUAGGUCCUAAGGCCUUAGAGCUCAGAUACACCAUAGCCUUACCCGCUUAGCCAAAAGGCCAAAGGAGCAAGUUAGGGGGAAACCCCAAAAGCAAAUCCCCCACCACCGUAAAUUAUAUAGCUGAGAUGCUCACAUUUAGAGGCAUUUGUAGAUUCACAAUGGUCAGCCUUCCCCUCCGUGCUCUCUUGCAAGUUUUGGUGAGCCACUACAUUACAUACAUUUUUAUUUCUUCUUCACUCCCACAGCUGAGCUGUCCCUUUUUUUCCCAUUUCCAAUGAUUCCUGUUUCUCCACCAGCCUUAAAUGUCUGGCAAACAACACAAAAUGGAACCCCAAAGAGUUUACUGAGAAUCCCUGUCACCCCCUUUCUUAGCCUGGCACAGUGAGGCCCUGCCUUCCAUGAGGUGGAGCUGGACCAGGUUGCCCUGCAGUUCAUCUGCAUAUACAUUUUUAGAGCAUCCCAGGGCUCAGGACAAGAACAUUAGGUUCCAGUCUUAAGUUGGGGUUCAUUUAGCAUGUUGAUCUUGUGGUGGUAUUUAGAGUCCACACACAUACUGAGCUAGGGGGUCACCAUGGCUGGUAAUGCUGUUGACUGGUGGGGCCCAGCCCAAUGAACUAUGUUAGUAAAUCAUGAGCUUUUGGAUUUGGACUAAUAACAUGCUAAGAUUUUGAAACAUUUGAAGCGCCGGGUGGUGGUGACUGGUAGUAGGGCCACAGUUCUUGAAUGACUCAUGGGUUUGGAAUUGAUUUGGCUUGGAACAAGAAAACAUUUACUUAAAAAAAAAAAUCAAGCAAGACAGGGGGCACCUGAACCCCAAGGUCUCUGGUCCUUGGGCUUGUGUGUAAGAUGCGUGCCUGGAUUUGGGGAGUAUCCAAAGCCC